AUGGCUACCGCCGAGCGCAGAGAAGCAAGGAGAAGAAAAUUGCUCCAGAACUCGGAAAAUCGCUUGAAGAGAAUUCUAGGAAGCCGCUCAAGUCAUUCUAAUACGUCCCAGCCCCAAACCGAAAAAGAUGAAAGUGUCUCACAGAACAAUUCUGUGGAAAGCGAUGGUGUUUUCGUUGAGAGGGAAGUUCUUGACAGUGAUCUUAACGGAAGUGAAAGAGCUGAUAAAGUGUUACCAUUAACGGAUAAGACUACUGAAAUGGAGCCAUCGGAAGGCGUUUUUGAAUCGAAAUAUUUAGAGGGAAAUCGAUUUAUGGACACAGAGGUUAGACCUCCAUCCGCAAUGAGAGAUCGGGACUCAACUUCACAAAAUACUGAACAAAGAGAUGAAGGCAGUUUGUCAAAGACAGCAUCAAAUACCGGUAGUUGGAGAGUUGUUUUGAAUGUGAUUCUAGCGUUUAUGUUAGUGAUCCAUUGGUUUUAUGUCAAUUUGGAAGCUUUGCUUUCACUCAGUGGUAAACAAAAAACUGAAAGUUCUCCUGUAAAGCAUUCAGUUCAAUCACAGGUGAGAUUAUGCAGGGGUGACUGUGGAGUGCCCCUUUAUCAUUUGUUCUUUGGCUGAUUACAUACCCAUGCCAUAUACUGUAUUUCCUUGAAUAAGCACCUACGCUCUAAUAAUCCCCUUCCCCGGAAUAAGUGCCCGCCCUCUUGGCCAAAAUAUCAAACACCCCCUCCCUUGAAUAAGUGCCGCCCUCCCCUCCCCCAUUAUAUUCUUUAAUAAUAGGGAUACAAGGAAGACCAGUAACAAAAUGUCCAGUGACACUGCUGGGAAGAAAUCGUAAAAUUAGCAAAUUUACGAAGUUUAAUGGUGACACGUCCAAAGCAAGCAAAGUUGUUGCUCCAAAAAGUCUUGAAAUUUUACAGACAUUUGUAUGAUGGUGGGUACGAACUUCCCCCCCCCCCCAUCAUACAAACAUCUAUAAAAUUCUGAAACUUUGCAGACCUAACAUCUUUGUCAGCUUUUGACAAAUCACUUUGAAACUCAGCAACUUCACACUGAUUUUAAGGCGUUCUUUCCAAGUUUCAAGUUUAUUUAUUAUAUAUAAAAACUAUUUACAAUCAAAUCUGACUGACCUGCAGGUAGCUAAACUAAUCGAAGUAGGUCAGUCUCACAAGUUCUAAAUAUCACAGAUUUAAAAAAAAAAAGAGAUUAACAAAGUAACAGUUUUUCAAAAAGAAAGAGAGAAACGUAUAAGCAAUAAUGGUUCCACAUUAAAUCAGAAAAAGGAAAACUAAUUGAACAACAAAAAAAGUAACAGUUAUGAUGAUAGGUACUAAAUAUAUAUAGAGAAAAGAGUUGUGAGUUAAUUAUAAUUUUUUUUACGUUUGGCCAUGAUUUUGUUAUUAUCUAUGUAGUUGUCUUCGGUUUUCAAUGUAUACAAUUAAGCUCCUUUAAGUUUUCUUCUGAAGGUCUUCUUUGAUAUGUUUUUAAGGCUAUUUGGCAUCUCAUUCCUUACCUUUGUGCCAACAGGAGAGAAUGCAUUCUUUUUUAUAUCAAGUCAACAGUUGUCAAAAUGCGCCGAAAACACAUAUCCCUAGUCAUUUGUGUUUCUCAGCUGGGAAACACAUAUCCCUCGUGAUAUGUGUUCACCCACCUGGGAAACAAAUAUCCCUAGUGAUGUGUGUUCCCCUACCAAGGAACACGUAUCCCUACUGAUAUGUGUUCCCCUACCUGUGAAACACAUAUCCCUACUGAAAUGUCUUCCCCUACCUAGGAAACACAUAUCCCUGGUGACAUGUGUUCCCCUACCCAAGAAUAGGUAUUCCUAAUGAUAUCUGUUCCCCUACCCAGAGGCACUUAUUCCUAAUGAUAUGUGUUUGACUACCUGGGAAACACAUACCCCUAGUGAUAUGUGUUCCCCUACCUGGCAAAGACACAUCCCUAGUAAUAUGUGUUCCCCUAUCUAAGAAACACAUAUCCCUAGUGAUUUCUGUUCCCCUACCUGGGACACACAUAUUCCUUGUGAUAUGUGUUCCCCUACCUGCAAAACACAUAUCCCUAGUGAUAUGUGUUCCCCCACCUUGGAAACACAUAUCCCUAGUGAUAAGUGUUCCUCUACCCUGGAACACGUAUCCCUUGUGAUAUGUGUUCCCCUACCUGGCAAACACAUAUCCCUAGUGAGAUGUGUUCCCCCACCUGGGAAACACAUAUCCCUAGAAAUAUGUCUUCCUCUACCCGGGAACAUGUAUCCCUAGUGACAUGUGUUCUCCUACCUGGUAAAGACAUAUCCCUAGUGAAAUGUGUUCCCCCUACCUGGGAAACACAUAUCCCUGGUGAUACGUGUUCCCCUACGUGGCCAACACAUAUUCCUAGUCUGUUAUAUGUGUUUCUCUACCAGGGAACACGUAUCCCUAGUGGAAUGAGUUCCCCUACCUGGGAAACACAUAUCCCUGGUGAUGUGUUCCCCUACCUCAGAAACACAUAAUCCUAGUGAUAUAUGUUCCCCUACCCAGGAACAGAUAUCCCUAGUGAUAUGUGUUCCCCUACCUGGCAAACACAUAUCCUUAGUGAUAUGUGUUCCCCUCUCUGAGAAACACGUAUCCCCAGUGAUAUGUGUUCCCCUACCUGGGAAACACAUAUUCCUAGUGAUGUGUGUUCCACUACCUGGGAAACACAUACCCCUAGUGAUAUGUGUUCCUCUACCCUGGAACACAUAUUCCUGGUGAAAUUUGUUCCCCUACCUGGAAAACACAUAUCCCUGGUGAUAUGUGUUCUCCUACCUGGGAAACACAUAUCCCUAGUGAAAUGUGUUCCCCUACGUGGCCAACACAUAUUCCUAGUGAUUUGUGUUUCUCUACCCGGGAACACGUAUCCCUGGUGGAAUGUGUUUCCCUACCUGGGAAACACAUAUCCCUUUUGAUAUGUGUUCUUCUACCUUGGAAACACAUAUUUCUGGUGAUAUGUGUUCCCCCACCCAGGAACAUGUAUUCCUAGUGAUAUGUGUUCCCCUAGCUUGGAAACACAUAUCCCUAGUGAUAUGUGUUCCCCUAGCUGGGAAACACAUACCCCUAGUGAUGUGUUCCUCGACCUGGAAAUCACAUAUUCCUAGUGAUAUGUGUUCCUGUACCAGGGUAACACAUGUCCCUAGUGAUAUGUUUUCCACUACCUGGGAAACGCAUAUCCCUUGUGAUAUGACUUUGUGUUCCCCUACUCGUGAAACCUUUCAUAGUUUUGCAGUAGUUUUGUACUGCAAUUGUUGUCAGGGCUGUCACUCAGAUUUCAUGUUGCUGGGUUUGGGCAAUUAGUUGGUGGGAAUUCAACAGUUACUGUGAAACUCAAAAAACCGUUAACAAUAGAAAUAUUUAUGGAAUGUUAUUGUGUUGCGAGAAAUAAGCCAAUAAGCCACGGGAUAACUAAACCGCAAACAGCAACGGUAAUUAGUUUGUUGUUUUGAGGUUUGCUCACGUGUCCUGAACUUUAUUUUGGUUGGCCAGUACACAAUCAAUAUUCCUGAAAUUUUUCAGUUGUUCACGGUUUUCUGAGAUUGACAGGAAGAUUUUCCUUUGGUUCUAUCCUUUGGUUCUUUGCUCAUGAUAGCCAGCUGAAAUUCCAGCCUGCAGCUCGUAGUGACAGCCCUGGUUGUUGCUGUUUCAGUCAGCAUGACAUGGUUUCAUUUGGUGUGUAACAAAUUAACUUCCUUAUUUCUCAGUAAGCACGUGGAGAUGAUAAGAUUUAAGCAAUGUCAGAAGACAAAUGAUUGUCCAGCUAACAAGUUGAUUUUCUUUUUUGCAGUCUUUAAUCUGGCCAUUUCUUGCUUUACAAUUAUUUUUGGUCUGUGGCACAAGAUUUAGGCAGGUAUAUGACUUGUAUGUCAUGAUAGUGUAAUGUGUAGUAGGAAUAGGCCCUUUGCAGGGCAAGGUCACGUGACCUGUUUAAUGCAAAAACUAGAUUCCACUUCAACAAAAUCUGAGGUGGAAAGAGCAUGAGAAUUAGCUAGGAAGCUAAUUUUGAGGUAAUCAACACAUGACUCUAAGAUAUUACAAGUGAUGGAAUAUCUGUAUUUUACAGUUAGUAGGGUUUUUUUAUGGAAAAAAUGUUACACUGCAAGGUAUGCAGUUGAGGGACGCGUUUUUGCAUUGCUGCAUACAUAUUCAUAUAAUAUUCACACCAUAAUGAAAUUGCACCAUUAAGAGUUUAACAGCUAAAAACUAUCAGACCCAAUAUUUCUGUGCUGUUUCAAUCUGGUAUCUUAGGGUUGUAUCCCAUAAGUUUGGCAUGAGAUAAGUCUUUUGUCCCCAGCUGCAAAGGGCCUACAUUGUAUCUAUGCUACAAAUUCAGUGAAAGCUGUAUAAGGUGGUCAUACGUGCAGGGGUUUUAAUAAGCAUCGACAACCUACGAAACUGACGCGUCGGCUACUUUAAUCAGAGCAGUCGGCUACUUUUCUUCCCGAAAAAGAAGCAGCUAGUUUUAAAAAUGUCGUAAACAAAAUAGAUCUUUAAAUUUGAAUUAAAACGUAACCUAAUUAUGAUGUGCUUUCAAGGUCCACUGAUAUGUUAUGCUUUAUUUACACCAGAAGCGCUUCUGGUUACACAAAAGCUGUAUUUCGGUCAAUUUUUCCACGUUUCUUUUUUGUCUACGCAGAAUUUUUUUAAGAGGAAAUGUACUUAAUUUAGAAUAGUGACAUUUGUUCAUUGCUUGUAAGAAUUGAUUGUGUGGCUUUGAAACGUGAAUGAAAGUUAUAUUUUCUUGAAUGAGAAACACAGUCUUUUGUUCUCAAUUUAGUCCCCGGAACACUGGAAAUCGCUUUUUAGGGCUCUGAAACUUUCCAAAAAUUUUCUGGGGAGCACGCCUCCAGACUCCCCCAGAAGAAGGGGGCUAACGGCCCCUUGUUAAUACAGUCGGUUACUCUAUUCAAACCUGCUGGCUACUUCAAUUAUUAUUGAAACCCAUGUGCGUGGGACUCUCUCAUUUGUAUACUUAAUACAGGGUGCCCACCUGUUUUGGGGUCUCUUUAAUACAGUUUACACUGCAGCUUAAGAAGACCUAUAGCAUGAAACACUGAGUGUGGUGGAAAAUUGAAUUGGUUUAUCAUAAAUCCUCUAUUAAGCCCCCCGCCCCUUCUAGUAAGGCCCCUCUUUUCAGUUGAAGAAAGUUAUUGAGCCCCCCAAACCCCUCCCACUUAUUCUUAAAAUAUGAUAGACUGCAUCCAUCACUUCAGGUGGAACGAUCCGAUAUAGUUUAUUCAAGUCCUAGAAGUCGGGAUUUGUUGUUGAUUUUCGGAUGCGUGGCCUCCNGUGGGACUCUCUCAUUUGUAUACUUAAUACAGGGUGCCCACCUGUUUUGGGGUCUCUUUAAUACAGUUUACACUGCAGCUUAAGAAGACCUAUAGCAUGAAACACUGAGUGUGGUGGAAAAUUGAAUUGGUUUAUCAUAAAUCCUCUAUUAAGCCCCCCGCCCCUUCUAGUAAGGCCCCUCUUUUCAGUUGAAGAAAGUUAUUGAGCCCCCCAAACCCCUCCCACUUAUUCUUAAAAUAUGAUAGACUGCAUCCAUCACUUCAGGUGGAACGAUCCGAUAUAGUUUAUUCAAGUCCUAGAAGUCGGGAUUUGUUGUUGAUUUUCGGAUGCGUGGCCUCCACCUUCAUGUACCUGAGCUUUUCCAGUGUUUGCAUUCUAGUUUUUUUUAUCUAGAACUGAUACCAUCUUGCUUCUUCGCUGUAUUUAAUAAGCCCCCACCCUUGUCUCUUAAGCCCCCUUCCCCCCUCCCUACCAACGUUCUUGAAAUAAAGAAAUGUCCUCGGGGGCCUAAUAGAGGAUAAACGAUAUAUAACUAUCCCAGACUGUGUAACCAAUGUGAUUGAAGUAAAGGGUCGUCUUACUCUUUGAGGUAGUUAAGGUCAUUUUAAACUCACAUUUCAAUUUGUCAUUAAUCAGAAUGAAAAAUAAAUGGAAAGAAAUAGCGCCACGGUCCUUCGUGCAACUUUCUUGUUUUUCUGUUUUCUCUACAGACGUACCAUUCUCCAUUUAUCUCUAUGCUGACAGUAGCCCUACAGCUAUGUGGUAUUCCUAUGCAAGUCACACACAGGAUCAACUUUGUUCUCACAGCGCUUCUAGCUGCCCUCAAGGACUUUGUAGUGUUUCUCUUUUCAAGUGUUGUCUUUCAUCAUGUUGUUGAAUAUGGUGUCAGUAGUGGACUCCUGAGGCAAGCUUUGGACAGCUUUGAGUAA